UAUUACCUGUCCAAUACAGUAACACUACACCAAGUCCGAGUUUGCAGUAUCAUACGGCAUGUUGGGACUGCUGAGGCGGAGGGGCCCCUCGGGUUUCUCGCCGUCGUCCACCGCCGAGGAGGUCACCGCCGGCAUCGAUGGUUGCGGCCUCGUCGCCAUCGUCACAGGUGCAUCUCAUGGGAUUGGUACUGAAACAUGCCGGGUUCUUGCGCUGCGAGGGGUCCAGGUGGUGAUGGGUGUGAGGAAUACAUUGUCCGGUGCGCGCGUGAGGGAAGAGAUUGUGAGACAGAUUCCUACGGCCAAGAUUGAGGUCCUGGAGCUUGACCUUAGCUCCAUGUCGUCAGUGAGAAGAUUUGUCAAAAAUUUCAAUGCGCUAAACCUUCCCCUGAACAUUCUGAUUAAUAAUGCAGGGAUUGCGUUUGUUCCUUUUGAGCUUUCAGAAGAUGGCAUUGAGCUGCAUUUUGCAACAAAUCACCUUGGCCAUUUUCUGCUGACUGAUCUUUUGCUCGAGAAGAUCAAAGUUACAGCUGAACAGAGUGACAUAGAAGGAAGGAUUGUGAUUGUUUCAUCUGAAGGUUACAAGCACGCAUACCGGGAGGGAAUCCGUUUCCAUAAGAUCAAUGAUGAAUCUGGUUAUAGCAGAUUCUCAGCAUACGGCCAAUCUAAGCUCGCCAACAUAUUGCACUCAAAUGAACUUUCUAAAAACUUGAAGGAACAAAAUGCAAAAGUAGUAGUCAACUCGCUUCACCCAGGAGAAGUUUGCACCAACAUAAUGCAUCACUGGGCUUUCUUACAUGGUCUUAUGUGUACGCUUGGCAAAUUUAUAUUGAAAGAUGUUGGUCAAGGUGCGGCCACAGUUUGUUAUCUGGCAUUGCAUCCUCAGGUUGCUGGAGUCACUGGCAAAUACUUUAUAGACUGCAAUGCUACUGAUCCAAAAUCUCCUGCAACUGAUAAGGAAUUGGUGAAAAGGCUCUGGGAUUUUAGUGCGAGCCUAGUCCAUUGAUUCAAAUUGGUGCAACAACUGUGAUUCUGUGAAAUACUAUUUGAGGAAAUAACCAGCCAAGUAAAACAUUGAAGGAACAAAAAUUCUGAGGUUAUGUCUCUUCAGAAAGAAAUGCUGAGGUUAUGAGCUAAAAGAUUUGUUCAGACAAAUGGAUAGCGAAUGUAAACAUGUUCAAAUUGAGUGAGGUGUCGUUAUUAUGUAGCAUGUAGCUGUGCAAUAGGUACUAUUGUAACUUGUUUGGACUCUUAUGUAACCCAUAUUUCUGAAUAUUCCGUAUGUAGUUUAUUUCCCAAUA